CCGGACCGGAAGAGGAGGAGCCUGGCCUGGAGGAUCCGCGAGAGUCGGUCGCGGGCGCCUGUGGCUGUCGGUGUUUGCGGGCGCGGGCGACGGCACCGGGCCUGGCGGGCGGGCGGCGUCGCGAUGCCGGAGCUGGCGGUGCAGAAGGUGGUGGUGCACCCCCUGGUGCUGCUCAGUGUGGUGGAUCAUUUCAACCGAAUAGGCAAAGUUGGCAACCAGAAACGUGUGGUUGGUGUGUUGCUGGGGUCAUGGCAGAAGAAGGUACUUGAUGUAUCCAACAGUUUUGCAGUUCCUUUUGAUGAAGACGACAAAGACGAUUCUGUCUGGUUUUUAGACCAUGAUUAUUUGGAAAACAUGUAUGGAAUGUUUAAGAAAGUCAAUGCUAGAGAAAGGAUAGUUGGAUGGUACCACACUGGGCCUAAAUUACACAAGAAUGACAUCGCUAUCAAUGAACUCAUGAAAAGAUACUGCCCUAACUCAGUAUUAGUCAUCAUUGAUGUGAAGCCAAAGGACCUGGGACUGCCCACAGAAGCAUAUAUCUCCGUGGAAGAAGUUCAUGAUGAUGGAACCCCAACCUCAAAAACCUUUGAGCACGUGACCAGCGAGAUUGGAGCUGAGGAAGCCGAGGAAGUAGGAGUGGAACACUUGUUGCGAGACAUCAAGGACACCACAGUGGGCACACUUUCCCAGCGGAUCACGAACCAGGUCCACGGCUUGAAGGGACUCAACUCCAAGCUCCUGGACAUCAGGAGCUAUCUAGAGAAAGUAGCCACAGGCAAGCUGCCCAUCAACCACCAGAUCAUUUACCAGCUGCAGGACGUCUUCAACCUGCUACCUGAUGUCAGCCUACAGGAGUUCGUCAAGGCCUUUUACCUCAAGACCAACGACCAAAUGGUGGUCGUUUACUUGGCCUCACUGAUCAGGUCCGUGGUCGCCCUGCACAACCUCAUCAACAACAAGAUCGCCAACCGGGACGCCGAAAAAAAAGAGGGGCAGGAAAAAGAAGAGAGCAAAAAGGAUAGGAAAGAUGACAAGGAGAAGGACAAGGACAAAGAGAAGAGCGAUGUCAAGAAGGAGGAGAAGAAGGAGAAAAAGUAAACCAUGUAGCUUUUUCAGUGUGUAAAUUAAAAUCUUAUCGGUGAACUCAGUGUGCGGCCAGAGGGUUCUUUCCACUUCAGCGCUUGUCCGAAAGCUGUGGGGCCUGCUUGGGGCCCUCCAGUGUGGACAGACAGAGGGACGAGGGAUGGGUCAUGGACCUAAGCUGCAGCUCUAAGUUCGGGGUGUGAUAGUUGAGGCUUCCAACUAUUGUGGGGGAAAUGUGAAGUAAACACCAAGUCUUGGCACUCUAAAAUCUUCUCUCGGUAAGACCCAGAGUUCGCUGGCUCCAUCUCCAGGGGACUCGGGUUUCUGGCCAUUUGUGACGUUGCUUAAUGGAAUACCUGGAUCCCCCUGCGUGCUCUGCCUCAGCUCACCUGAGUCUUGACCCUUCUGAGCUCCGUAUUGGGGACAUUGUACCAUAGGACUCUAUGGUCCCCACAGCUCAGGCAUUUCUCUGGGCAUGGCUCCGGCUCAAUAUACUGUUUACCUUCAAAUGACAAUAAAAACGGCUUGGUUUUUA